AUGAAGAUAACAGAUAAAAUAAACGCCCUCGAACCGAACAAGCCUUUUUAUUCCUUUGAAUACUUUCCACCAAAGACCGACGAAGGUCUAUCAAACCUCUAUGACAGACUCAGGCGCAUGUCUCUUUUGGAUCCUCUGUUCGUUUCUUUUACAUGGGGCACGGGUGGCAGCACCGUGGACCGAACAUUAGAAAUGUGCGUUAUAGCCCAAGGACUUUACGGACUAGAAACCUGUAUGCACCUAACCUGCACGAAUAUUGCCAAGGGAGUAUUGGAAGAUGCAUUGACGGAGGCCAAGAAUGCUGGUAUCCAAAAUAUACUUGCGUUGCGCGGUGAUCCCCCACGGGGUCAAGAAUACUGGACAUCCUCUGAUGAUGAAUUUACACACGCCAUUGAUUUGGUAAGAUACAUUCGGAAAAAGUAUGGAGAGUGGUUUUGCAUUGGGGUUGCAGGAUAUCCCGAAGGACAUCCUGAUUCCAAUGACAAGGAACAGGAUUUAAUACAUCUUAAGGAAAAGGUGGACGCAGGAGCGAACUUUAUCAUCUCUCAACUAUUCUACAACAUCGAUUCAUUUGUAGAAUGGGAAAAGAAAUGUCGCAAGAUUGGCAUAACCGUGCCUAUCAUUCCAUGUGUCAUGCCAAUUCAGGGUUAUAACAGCUUUCGAAGAAUCACAAAUCUUUGCAAGGUAGAUGUGCCCGUCGACAUAAUAAAUGAUUUGGAACCCAUCCAGCAUGAUGAUCAAGCCGUCAAGGAAUAUGGUGUCUCGCUCGCCACCUCUAUUAUAUCUGAGCUUCAAAAACAUCAUAACGUGCUAGGAUUUCAUCUGUGCACAUUGAACUUGGAAAAAUCUGUUCGUCUGAUAUUGGAGAAGUUGAAAUUCGUAAAGACUGAAGAGGAAAGAGAUGAUUUGCAACUUAUGAGUAGGCGUAGGUCCGUCACGAACGAGAUCAUUAGACGGGAACCAGACGGUUCACUUCCUGCGGCAAAACCUGUCAUAUGGGAAGAACAGGGUGCAGACUAUUUAGGAAGAUCCGAAGACUGGGACAACUUUCCGAAUGGACGUUGGGGUGAUCCCAGGUCGCCCGCGUUUGGCGACAUAGACAGUCAUGGAAGAUCCUUGAGAGUUCCCCCGGAUCUGGCUCUUGGAUACUGGAAAAAACCGGAGAGUAUAAUUGAUGUGGUUCAAAUUUUCAAAUCUUACAUUCUAUGUGAAAUUCCAAUGUUACCAUGGUCUGAAGAACCGUUGUUGAAGGAAACCGACGCAAUCCGAUCAAAGCUUAUUAAAUUAAAUGAGCUUGGUUACCUGACGGUGAGCUCACAACCAGCCGUCAACGGUGUGAAAAGCACGGAUCCUGAUUUCGGAUGGGGUCCCAAGGGUGGUUACGUGUAUCAGAAGGCCUUGGUAGAGUUCUUUGUAAGCCCGGAGAUGUUUGAAAGGUUGGCUCAAAGAAUAAGUAAGAAUUGCUGGGUGACUUAUUACGCGGCGAAGAGAAAUGAUGAAUUUUCUACCAAUGUAAAAGAAGAAACACCAUCUGCGGUGACAUGGGGAGUUUUUCCCGGCAAAGAAAUCGUUCAGCCAACGAUAAUCGAGAAAGUAUCAUUCGAUGCGUGGAAGGUAGAGGCAUUUGCAUUAUGGGCAGAUUGGGAACAUUUAUAUCCCGAAGGUUCGCCUUCGCGGAAAUUGCUGAAGGACAUAGGGGAUAGUUGGUGGUUGGUUAAUCUUGUGUACCAUGACUAUGUAAAUUCAGAAGGGUUUUGGGAGCUGUUUUUUGGCGACGAAACAGGUUCGCAACCAUAA